UCCACUUGUGGGCACUAGCCUUGCCCGGAUUCGUUAGUACUUAGUGACCGGUGUCUAUGAGGGUGAUCGCUUGCGCACGAUCUGAAUCAGGCUCGUUCGCUGCUCCCUCAGUCCGUGAGAUUGAUGCGCCUAAUGUUCUGCGCGCGUUUAUCGGUCAUGACUUGAUUGAACUGUCCGAACGAGAAAAUUCAUCGUCACCGAGAGAAAGCUUUGUUUGUGUCAUCUUCAGUGAAGACAUCUUAUCAACAAAGAAGUAGCGAACAGAGUUUUCUUUUUCUUAUUAAAAACUUUUUACAGACAGUCAUGCUUAAGAUGAACGGAGGCCAAAUGUGGGAGGCCCUGUUUGACGUUGUUUGAUAACACUGGUCUGAGCCAUGGCAUUCAUCAGCAAGUUGGGGAACAUUCUAAAGCAGACUGUGAGCAAGCAUGCCAACUUUGACUCAUCUGCUCAUUGUCCAUCUAUGUACCAGGCUAUUAGGUGCAUGUCCUCAAAGCUUUUCAUUGGAGGUCUUUCAUAUGGCACCGAUGACAUGAGUCUCAGAGAAGCUUUUGCAGGAUAUGGGGAGAUAAUUGAAGCUAGAGUAAUCAUGGACCGUGAGACUGGAAGGUCUAGAGGUUUCGGGUUUGUUAGUUUUGCUUCUAGCGAUGAAGCCUCCAAUGCGAUCCAGAGCAUGGACGGACAGGAUCUUCAUGGCCGAAGGAUAAGAGUGAAUUAUGCUGUAGAGAAAUCUCGCGGAGGAUUCGGUGGUCCUGGCUUUCGACAAGGUGGCGGUGAAUUUGGUAACGCAGGUAAUUUCGGUGCUGGAGGUUAUGGAGGAGGCGGCGGGUAUGGUUAUGGACAAGGAGGGGCCAGCUACAAUGCCAGAACUGGUGGAUAUGGCGGUCGCAGUAGUUAUGGGGGUGGCAGCAAUUUCGACAGUGGAAACAGCGGUGAUCUUGGUGUUGACAGUAGGGGAGACUUCAGUGUUUCUGGUGGUGCCGAUGGUGGUGACUUCUCUCCCAGUGAUAAUGCUGGGGCAGAAACAUUGGGAGACAAUCCUAAGGGCGAUGACAAUGAACCCGAUAAUUAUGCCAACACCAGGGUCUGAUCAAAAGCCAUAUCUUGUCGGCUAAUCUCAAUGAAGUAAAUAGCCAAGGGACAGAGGAUGAGUCAGAGUUUAAAGCUCAAAAUGUGUUCUUUGUUCUCUUGCUUUUGUGUUCUUCCCUUUUUUCUUGAAGACAAUGAUGGUUAUAACUCUGCCAUGGCCUGUUGUUAAUGUCACCUCUCAUGUCCGUCGAAUAAUGUAAAAAAGAUUGUUUGCUCGGGGAAUUGUACUCUCAACUGAACAUGUAAAAAUCAAGAUAUUAGCCCCUUUCACCCUUUUGGGGACCUAAUCUCCAUUCUUUUAGAUACUGGUGGGGACAGAUCAUGUUUUGCUAGGAUGAUAUGUAAUCGAGCAUGGUGGUUACAGUGCU